AUGAUCAUCCCCAUCCGCUGCUUCUCCUGCGGCAAGGUCACCGGCGACCUUUGGGAACGCUACAUUGGCCUCAUUACCGAGCAGCAAAUGUCCGAUGGUGACGCCCUCGAUGCCGUCGGUCUCCAACGCUACUGCUGCCGCCGCAUGGUCCUCACCCACGUCGAUCUCAUCGAAAAGCUCCUCAAAUAUAACGCGAGUGAACGGGAACAGGCGAGAGCUGCGAGGGGAGGUCGCUAG